AUGAAGAAUUGUGAUGAAUGGAAACCUUUCCUAGUAAUGAUAGGAAUUGAUUUUUCUUUAACCGUAGUGAACAUUCUUCUCAAGAAAGUUCUUGAAGAAGGAAUGGACCAUUUGGUUUUUAUCACAUAUCGUCUAUCAAUUUCUACCAUAUUUUUACUCCCAAUUAGCUACUUUAGGGAAAGAAAUGGAAGGCCACGGCUCACAUUUCAAAUUCUAUGUUUCCUUUUCUUCAGUGCCAUUAUUGGGGCAUCCGUCACGCAAUAUUUCUUCCUUUUGGGGAUACAGUACACCUCAGCUACCUUUGCUUGUGCCUUUGUCAACAUGGUGCCGGUGAUCACAUUCAUUAUGGCAUUACCAUUUGGAUUAGAAACUGUGAACAUCAAAUGCAGUAGUGGGAAAGCAAAGAUUAUUGGUACAUUUGUAUGCAUAGGAGGGGCAUUGUUGUUGACACUCUACAAAGGAAAGCCCUUGUUUGAUAAUUCUCACCAUCAAUCUGCAGUUCCUCCACUAGCCAUGAGAUCUGAAAUGGAUCAAGCUUCUAGUACUAGAAUAACAGAGAAGUGGACCAUUGGUGUAAUAGCUUUGAUUAUGGGAACCCUCUUUUGGUCUUCUUGGUUUAUUUUACAAUCAAAUAUAAGUAAGAAAUACCCAUGCCAGUAUUCUAGCACUGCCAUCAUGACCUUCUUUGGAGCCAUGCAAUCAGCUAUUCUUGGCUUAUCCACUGGCAGGAACUUGUCCUCGUGGUUCCUCAGGGGAAAAAUACAAAUAAUCACUGUUCUGUAUUCUGGGAUAGUUGGAUCAAGUGUGUGCUAUGUGGGCAUGGCAUGGUGCGUGAAGAAGAGGGGUCCUGUGUUUACAGCAGCAUUCAGCCCUCUUGUUCAGAUAAUGUCAGGCAUGAUUGAUAUCCCGGUUUUGCAUGAGCAGCUUCAUCUUGGAAGUGUGAUGGGAUCCAUGUUGGUGAUGAUCGGGUUAUACAUUCUUCUAUGGGGUAAGAGCAAGGAGAUGCAGAAUGGCAUGUCUCAGUUUGCCCAAGAAGUUGAAGAAAUAAAGGAACAAGAGCCUCAUGUAUAA